UCAGGUAGCGAAACCUACCAUGAUAAUUGAAGAGAGGAAAAAUCAUGAGUUAAACCUGGAGUCGAUCGAUCGAGAUUUGCGAAUGGAAAAUGUCCGCCAAAGCGCAGAAAAGCUGGGAUGGGAGCAUUUUGCGAGAUCUGUCAGGAGGAAUUUGCUGGAGAAAAGGCAAACACUCGAUGCACGAACCCGUCUCGACGUUCUUGGCUCUCUGGUUUUUAUGAAAGAGCAUUUACCAAUUGAUAAUGAUGCUACUAUUGCUCGAAAAGUUCAACAAUUAUCUGAAGGCCUAGGAGAACAUUGCGUGUUUUCAACUCAAAAUAGUGGAUUUUCAAUCAGAAAUCCUGAUGUAACAAUCGACAUUGGUGUUGCAGAGGAUCAAAUUAGUACCUGCAAAAUCGGUUAUUUCGGUCAACCGCUCACUGAUGCUCCAGGAGCUCUAGCUCUAAUGAAAAAUGGAGAAUUCUCGAAGCUUCGCGAUUCGAUAACCGCGAUUUUGUCCUCACUUCCGAAGGAAAUUACAUUAAGCGAGAAAAACGCGUGCAAAGAAGCUUUUCGAGCCCUCGACCAGUUGCUCAUUCGAGAUGCAGCCGACUCUUCGUUUACUGCAAUUAACACCGGGAAAUAUGGAUUUUAUGCUCCGCGUAAUGAGCUACGUUCUGGACGGAUUUAUUAUGUUGCGGAGCCAGUUUUGAUUCGGCUCGCCGAGAAGGAGGGAAAAACCAAGGCCGAUGCUUCUUACCUCGACCUCCUUCCCUACAUUGAAAUAUCCUUCUUCAAACACGAUAAACCGAGUAAACUGCCGGUAUUCACACAAACUGGAGAAUGGAGCACAUUUAACGAUGCAAAUGUGUGCAUUUGUGUACGAUUUAAUCAAGGAUUUCUACUCUCGCAACAGACGAUUCGAAAAUUAUCCCAUAUAGUCCCAAAAUCUCCGCUAGUCCGUAAUUAUGUCAAUUUCUAUCGUUAUAUGACAGGCCGAGUCGGUGUGAAGAGCAAUCUGAAACUGCUGACCCAGUUCCCGGAUGAAGGCGAUAUUCAGCAACAGUAUCAAGUUGAUUCGAAGAUGCUUACUAAAGAAGACGAUGUGGUUGCCAUGGAAAUGUAUCUCAGUGAUUUUAGAGAUUUGUCGAAACUCAUUGAAACUCUUCGAAGCGAGUGGAAACAUGCAAGUCUUUGGGAAUCAAUUCUUGCGAUUUGUGAAUCAAGUAAAGGAGAGCAGAAAGAAGUGAACGCUGUUGAUAUGCAACUUGUGCUCCGUCGUACAGAGUUUUUCCUUCAAUUUGACACGGAUUAUGGGAGCAUGACGAUGCAAAUCUUCGAAAAAUCGCCGAGCAACUAUGUGGUCAAGACAACAUCCCAAAUAACUGGCGAGUCGCCUUCCUUGGAUUUUGAUAAAAUGCUCACUGAGAAGCUGAAUAGCACGUGGAGCAUUCCGGCAACUCUUACAUUCGCCAUCACCGAUCUCAAAUGUCGUAUCAAUAGUGUACUCAAUUGUGUCAUUUCUUUUGAUUCUUCUUCUUCUUCUGAUAAACAACAUCAAAAUUAUUGGUCCAUAUCCAACAACAACACACAGCUUAUGCAAUCUGCUGCACAAAAAUCGGCGGCAAAAUGCACAAAAAAGAAGGUUACGGUUUUAGAAGUUGGACCAGCAAUUGAGCCAACACAAUUGGUAUACACACGGGAAAACGAUGAAGAAUUUCAAGGAUCUUUACUAUCAAGUUUUGGAGAAGUCGAUGAUUAUUAUGUAAAAACCUCAACAAUCGGAAGAACUCGACCACAGCCUCGCCCGAAGCGUGAGCCGAAUCAGCUGACAAGUAUGGAUAUGAUGUCUGCAGAACUUGACAAAAGCCGUCACACCAUGGAAGGAUCAAUGCGUGAUGCUCAAACAUCAAGCUUCCUCGACGCGGCCCGUGUCCGAAUGAAACAAUCCAUUGGUGCAGCUCACGCUGUUGGACUUGCAAGCCAUCAGCCACCAGCUUCUCCAGUCGCAGCAGCAGCAGCAGCUCCAGGCGGUCCGAUGAGGCAUAAUUCAUAUCCGAGUGGCUUUGAACCGCCGCCGUCGGUGGCUCCGUAUGAUUUCCCUGCUGAUCCAUCAAAGAAGCAGCGGAAACAGCGUGCCAAGAAGCAGCCUGGAGAAGAGCCGCCGGCUGGAAGGGGUAAAGGAGGGAAGAAGGGACGAGGAGCUGGAGCAGUUGGAGCAGCAGCGGCUGGUGGAAGGAAAAGUGCUGGUGGAGCUGGAGAAAAUCCGUUUGGGAUGGAUCCGAUGAGGCCUCCGAUGUUGCAGAGGAGCUCGAGUGAACAGCAUAACCCGAAUCCCCAUCAAAUGUCACAAUAUCAAAUGCAACAAUACCAGCAAAAUCAACAAUUCCGAAUGCAUCAAAUGCAGCAACAGCAACAGCAACAAUUCCAAAUGCAAUCUCCAAAGAAUCCACUUGUUCCAGCAUAUACUGAUGAGGAUUCCGAAUCAAAACGAGUUGCAGAUGAAGAAUGUGAUCCUCCACCACCACCAAAGCCACAGGUCAGUACAUCUUCCCGAAUGUCGUCUGUCCCCAGUCAUCCUCCACCACCACCCCAACAGCUUGGUAAUCCGAUGGUCGGGUAUCCGGGAAUGCCGUUGCAAAGUCCGAAUCAUCUUCCGCUAACCCCGUCCCCGUUGUCUGCCCCUCCGAAGCCAUUUUCCCCCGAGCAACAGCAUCAUUUCGGUAUGAAGAUGCGUGAAACGUCGUACUGGAAAGAGCUCGAACGUCUUGAGACGAAGCCCGAUGUUGAAAAGCUUAAGCAACAGUUGUCUAGUUCUUCUUCUUCUUCGCAGGCUGAAGCAUCUGAUCCUCCCAGCACGUCCACGGAAGCACAAGAUCCACCAAAACCUUCUUCUUCUUCUGCACCACCACCACCGAAAAAGAAGUUGGGUCUUGAAGCGGCUAUUUCUAAGAUACGUGGUCAACAAGAGCAGGCUCUGCAGAAACAACUGCAGCAGCAGGAAUCUGUGGAAUCCGAGUUGGCUACACCUCAUCCAGGAUCAUCGGGAGCUCCACCGCUGGCACCGCACCAAGUGAACCGAGCAAGAAAUCUUAAUGAUAUUUUCGAUGAUGAAGCUGACGAUUCGAGCCCGACGGCUGACAUUAAGCCAUCUCUACAAGCCCUCCAGAAGCCUACGGAUACUUCAAGCCAGUCAACUUCGAGUGAGCCACCUCCAAAGAAGGAGCCUGCCGAUGAGCAGCCAGAAAGAGAGAAGGAAAAGCUCAUUUUGAAGAUUCCAAAAAUGCUAAAGCCUGUAGUAGAUGAUCGACGGGAAGAUCGAAAGGAGCGAGAUCGCGAUCGAGACAGAGAUCGGGAUCGUGACGAGGAUCGAGAAAAAGUUCGGGAUAAGGAGGAUAAAGCUCAACGUGAAAAGGACAAGAAGGAGAAGGAACGCGAACGACGCCGCCAGCGGGACCGUGACCGUACCGAGCAGAAGAAGUCUGAUCGGGAGAAGGAGCCAUCGAAAAAGCGGAAGCUAGAGAAAAAGGAUGAGAAGGAGAAAGAUCGACGGGAGCCGGAACGGAAGAAGGGGAAAAGCGAUGGAAAGGAGUAUAGCAAGGCAUCAACCACUUCACUGAUUCCGACGUUGAGCUUGAAGAACUUUAGAAUCCCGAAGAAAGAUACUGUCGAGGAGGAGAAGAAGGAUGUUAAAGAAGAAGCUCCGGGACCAUCAUCAUCCACAGAAUCUAAGAAAGAGCCCCCGUCAGCAGCUCCGAUCACGAGAAAAGAGUCUACGACUGCACCAGUUGCUCCGGCGGUUCAACAACAACAACAACGAAAAGAGUCGUUUACGGCUCUUCCGUCAUUGCCAGAGCAGCAGCAGCAUCAUCGAGAGCCGCUUUUGAAGAAGAAGCCACCACUACAACCACCACCGCCACCACAGAUGACUGGACCUCCGAUCGGGAUAUAUCCAGGACCGCCGGCUCCCGGUAAUCUGCCGGGUAGUAGCAGGCCGAGUGGGAAUCGGAAGCAACCUCUUCCGCCACCACCUCCGAUGAUUAGAGGUCCACCACCGGAUCAAAUGUACCGUGAUCGAUCGGGAGGCGGCGGCGGCAGUAUGCGUGGCGGCUUCCCACCAGCGUCUCACUAUCACGGAGGAACGAGUGGAGUCAACAAACAAGUGGCCUCUUAUGCACAGGGCCUUCCGCCUGGUAUGGGACCGCCCGUGGUCAAGCCUCACGGAAACAACUAUCAAGCGUCGCAAUGGGUCAGGCCGCCCACGCACAGGGACUCCUCGCACAGCUAUCACGGAAUGCCGUCUCUUGGACCACCACAGCUCCAGCGAGAGCCGCCGGCGCCGCCACCGCCGCAAAUGAUCCCACUGCCAAAGGAUCCACCGGUGCUCCGUGAGCAUCCGCGGGAACACCGAGCACACCGCGGCGGAGCAGAUGACGAUGGUCCCGACAGUCCGGAAGAAGGAACUCUACGCAUUGACGACGAGUAAAUGAUCUCUUGCUGAACCAGCCGCCGAUUAGAGUCUAACUAUUGAAACAACUUUUUUUGUAAUUAUGAGAUUGUACUAUAAUUUUUGCUUCUUGUUUGAAACAAUUUUUCAUGUGAUAACAGAUAUGCAUUUUAUUUAUAUAUAAAUGAUAACAAAUUGU